UUUCUGGUCCUACAGGCGCAUGGCAGAGCCUAUAUAGAAGGUUGUCGUGUGUGCAUGUGAAGUAGGCUGCAGUACUGGCUCAAUGCUGUCCACCUCCAUCCAAGACAAGUUCUCUCACCUGCAACAAACUGAGUCUCAGAGAGAGUGGACGAGUCGAGUGCCUACUACCAGGAGCAAGUGAGACAGGCCAAGCAGAUCAUGACACCCUUCACACUGCGGAGGCUCAAGUCACAAGUACUGAUUCAGCUCCCGGCCAAGGUGUCCAGUACGGAGCAUUGUCAGCUGACGGAGACUCAGUGGACGUUGUACAGGGGCGUGGUGGAGAGGUCACUCAGGGUCAAUCUGUUCAUUAUAGUAUUUGCACCCCAUACUGAGCACCCCCUCUCCACUACAGGUGAUGAGCUCAACAAGAGGAUGGACGUGAUGGUAGACCUUACAAUACCACGGAAUACUUACAUUGUGGUGGUCGUUCCUUAGCAACAAAAAUGGUUUUGUUUUCAAUGGCUUAGUUUUCAAUGUGUAUCUGUGUACCGUAUUACUACAAUGUUUUGCAAGCAUCAAGCAUAAACGAAUUUUGUGAUUGUUGGUAUAUGAUAAAAUCGCAAAUGCCUUUACUGGUGCUAGUAUGACAUACGAUCCCUGCCAGAACACCUUCCUACAUGUUCAUACUCUCUCAUUCAUUUUGUAUACCCCCUCCAACAUGCAUGCAGGGAUGUGACGGUGCUGAGGCUGGUGGGUGGUGGGACAGUGGAAGAGGACAUCCUCCAGUGUGCACAGAGCAAGCUGCGACUGGAGCACGACCUCAUAAGCCUCCACUGACCACGAAUUUAAAAGUGCAGCGCUACUGACUUUUACCACGUGUUCCUAAUAUUAUGAUAAAGACUACAUUGUGUGGGGAGUGGGUGGUCUUGGAGAUACUGCUUUCCAACACUUCAAGAGAACAUCAACGUCUGACCCUCCCAUCCAUUUGGCACGACUCCAGUUAACAUGUGUCCCCGUGAGGUCCAGUACCGACAGUGCAGUGAACCAUUUGAAGCAGCUGUAAUUGAGGCUCUUGAAGACACUGUCUUCCCUGUUAGCAUAGGACCCUCUGGUGCUGACCGAGGCUAUGAGGCCAUUACUGGUCAAGUGGGAUGGCUUACUACAUCAAUAACACCUUGGUACCUGAGCUGGUGGUACAGAGAGACCAGGUCUACGUGUUCAUUGAGAUUAUUUUCCCUUGUAGACAAUUGUGUUCGUGAGUUUGAGGUGUGGUGUCCAGCCAUGACAGUCAUAGCGUACUGGGGUUCCCAACAGGACAGGUCUCAGAUGAGAUAUGAGAUCCUUUCCAAUCGUGAUAACUUUGAUGUCAUCCUCACAACGUACAAUGUGUGUAUAGGUCAGGCUGAGGACAGGAAGUUCUUUAGGAAGCUCUCUCUAGACUGUCUCGUACUGGACGAGGGACACAUGCUCAAGAACAUGAACUCACUGCGAUAUACACACACCUCAUGAUAAUACAGAGCUAGUUUUGUAAACUUCUCUUUCAAUGGUGGUGGCCAAUCGUCUGGAAAAGGUGACAUCUGUUUGUACCUGUUCUUGAGGAAGCUGGCGUACCUCACAACACAUUCUGGAGUGGGGUCACUGCUAGGCUGUGAGCUAUUUGUUGAUAGGCUUUUUGUGGAUAUCUUUUCUUGUAUUUUGUCAGCCAAUGUGUUCAUUUGAACAGUAGGUUGUCUUAAAGCUUGGUCUAUUUCUGCACGUGAUCACUUUGUGGUGUUAUCUCGUUGUUUUAGGACUUCCCUUAAACAGGUUUUGCAUUUCUUAUGUUCAAUGUCAAUGCUAUCGAGUGUACCUGCAUCAAGGCCCAGUGCUAGGCCUAGGUUGUACCAUUUUGAACGGGCUUCGAAAAGUUCAGUGUACAUUUCGUUGAGGUCUAAAAAUUGGUUACUACAUGUAGCUGGUGUUGUUUGACUUGAACUUGCUAUAGAAUGUUGUUCUCUUGUGUGAUGAUCAGUCUCACAAUAUUCAUCGUCAGAUUGCAGUGAGUUAUCACUUUCAUACUGCUGUAUACACAUGUCAUCACUCUCGUACUGACGUGAGCUACUUGCCAACUGUUGAGGGAUAUUAAAUGGUGGUGGCCUAUUGUCUGACAUCUGUUUGUACCUGUCUAGGAAGCUGGUGUACCUCACAACACAUUCUGGAGUGGGGUCACUGCUAGGCUGGAUGUGACGGUCCUGAGGCUGGUGGGUGCACGUGGUGGGACAGUGGAAGAGGACAUCCUCCAGUUCUAGUGUGCACAGAGCAAGCUGCGACUGGAGCACGACCUCACAGCCUCCACUGACCACGAUGAUAAAUUGGACGUGACUGGUCUCCUACAGAAGGCUCUAGCAAGAUCUCAAACUAUGAACCUAACGUUGACUAUUGAGUUUAGUUCUCAUUAAAAAUUUCCUUGAACUCCCUCAACAUCAUUCAGAUCAGUAUGUUUUAUUGUCAGUGAAUGCAGUGAUUUUUGUAAAAGAAAUACUAACACUUUCGUUUUUGUGAGUUUUUGACAAUUUGCUAGUGACA